AUGGCACAACCUGCCGAGGAACCGCCGUUGGAUGAAGUGUUAUGGAGGAUGCCGUGGUUUAUUCAGCAAUGGGGGCAGUUGAAUAGCAACAAUAUUCUUCUGUACUUCUUCAAUUCACCAUUUUUCGACAGGUCUAGUAAUAAUUCGUCGUUAUUCAUGCAAACCCAGACGAAUCCUUCAUUAAACCACUUGGUACAUAACCGUGCAGCCUUUGAGAGUCGGUUGAAGUCAAUGAUUGGCGUUGAAUUCGUUGUCGCUGCCGAAGACCCGGCGAAUGCUAUGUGGGUUAUUAAGAAGCAGAUGCGGAGAUCACCAACAGAAACACAGCUGCUGGAUGUCUAUUUCGUAGUCGGAGAGAAUGUCUUCAUGGCGCCAACAAUGGAGAAGGUUAUGACCGCUCGAUUGUUGACUGUUACAUCAGACAUCCUAAAGGCACAGGAGCUUUGUUCUUCUCUUGUUCAUUUUUCUACAGAGGCUGGGUAUACAUAUUUCCCACCACAGCCCUUACAACCUUCUCAAACGGCCUCUGCAAAUGCAUCCUUUUCGCUGUCCGGCAGUGUUCCUCCGCAAUCAUCUGCCCAGUCUAGCGUUCCACCACCACCACCUUCCACCCUUAGCAACGUGCCACCUUCAUCUGUUGAUGUCACCAUCACAAAAGAGUCCAUCAACAUGCAAUCUUCACUAGCAGCUAGUCUAAGAUUUAGUACCGUACCGGGUGGCUAUCUUGAUGAUAAUCCAAUUACGGAUCCACAACAGCUUAUGAUGGGAAAUAGUCAAAGUCAGGGCCACACCCAUAGUCAGUCACAAAGUCAACCAAGCCUCAACAAGGAAAAGGCAGCUGCGAGGGAGGCGUUACCUCCAGUUAGCACUGCUGCAGCCGCUGCUGCAGCCGCUGUCGCGAAGGACAAGGGGAAGACUGUGUCACCGACUAGCCCAGCCUCCAAGAAAAGAAGAAAGAGUAAGGCAGCUGGACUCGGCCUCGGCCCAUAG